GAUGCGUAGUGGAUGGGCGCGUGGUCCGACAGCGAAGACUGGAGCGCUCCGAGAGCGUCACUUGUUCACAGUCUGUUGAGUGGAGCACUUUUCAUCCCGCGUAUCUCGUAACUUCUUCGGAGAAAAAAACAAUGGUUAGUGGUUCAACGUUCGCGCGAUAUUCGAAUCGACAUAAAUCGUCGUUGGGAAUCGAGGAAAUGAAAUGUGUAAAGUUUCUGUGCGCGUUGCUCGAGAUAAGAAUUUUAUAAAAUGAGAAAUAAUGAUUGUUAAGAAAAGAAAGAACAAAUCAUCAUAUCCAGGAUAAUUUCACAGAAUCGCAUGAUGACGAAAGACUAAUUCAAUAGAGCGACCGGCAACGCUAUUGACUGGAAAAAACGGUCGAUCGGGCUAAUGAAACGCGUAAAUUAUGGAAUUUUCGGGCCGAUAUCUCAUGAUUAUCGACAAUAUUACGGAGUUGAUGAAUCUGAACGAGUCCGAUUAUGUAAAAUCGAUCUGGGGUCCGAAACAUCUACCGUUAAAACUUGUCUUGCCGAUCACCCUCGUCUACGUCAUGAUCUUUGUCACCGGAGUAUUCGGCAACGUGGUUACCUGCAUUGUGAUCAGACGAAAUCCCGUCAUGCAAACCGCUACCAAUUAUUAUCUGUUCAAUCUAGCAAUAUCUGAUCUGCUUCUCUUGAUUCUCGGACUACCCAAUGAGUUGAGCGUAUUUUGGCAACAAUAUCCAUGGACACUCGGAGUAGGUUUAUGCAAAAUCCGAGCAUACGUCUCAGAAAUGUCAUCUUACGUAUCAGUAUUAACGAUAAUGGUGUUUUCGUUGGAGCGGUACUUAGCAAUAUGCCACCCCUUGCAUUUAUAUGUGAUGAGCGGACUUAAACGACCUGUGCGCUUCAUAAUAGGCGCAUGGUUACUGGCUCUUAUCUUCGCUCUGCCCUUCGCCGUUUAUACCUCCGUUAAUUACAUCGAAUACCCGCCAAGUGCGGUCGUGAUAACAUUUUUUAUCUGCUGGGCACCCUUCCACGCUCAGCGCUUAUUGUACGUGUAUCAGGUAUCGGCCUUCGACGACAUUAACGAAUGGUUAUAUCCGCUGGGCGGUUGCUUAUAUUACUUCAGUACAACCGUGAACCCGAUCCUGUACAACGUGAUGAGCGCCAAGUACAGGAUGGCAUUCAAGAAAACACUUUGUUGCACGCCGACCAGCCCCAUCAUUACGAGGGACGAUCUCAGCAGCAUGAGAGAUAGUACGGUAUGCGGUUGCGGAUCCAGAAGGGGAUCCCAGCUGAUCCGUGUAAGAAGCAUACAUUAUCAGCGUAACAUUAAUUGCAACAUGUUGCACGUGAACGAAUUACUUCGAUCACCAACGAGAUUACAUUUCGAUGACGAAGAUGACGAGACGAGUCAUUGUGGCACGGAGAAAUCCUGUAACAUCCUUAGUCCUGAUGCGAGGAGAUCAUCAUUUCUCGUGCAUUCGAGUAACGGUAGGACUAAGUAUUUAUCGAGCGAAAAAACGAAGGAUGGCAUCGUACAAAUGGCUAUGGCAAAUGAAACGUGUAUCUGAUUCUCGGCUUAUUUUAAUGCAAAAAGAAAGAAAUAUAUUAUAGCGCAAGAAUCAUAAAGAACACUGCUCGGAUUGAAUAAAAAACUACUGCGUCGUUCCUGCAUACAAAGCAGGGGUUGACUGAUGUGCAGAUUAACGGAGAACGUGCAUUAUCCCGCGCAAAAGGAUGAUUAUUGGAGAAGGAUAUAUCGUGAUAUUCCCAUCGAAAAAACAUAUCGGAGAAAUAGGAUUUCUUGUGAAAAAUGAUGCUUUGCCGAAGUAAAAUUAUCAAGUGUCCGUGGAAAAUAAUACGAAGGUUGCAGAGAUUGAAAACAGUUAUUUAUUGUAAU